AUGCUUACCAGGUUGUUGCGAGUGGACGGCUUUUCACGACACAGUUUUGCUCCUCCUAUCAGUAUGCCAAAGCCGAUGCCUCACGAAAAGAAGCUUAAAGAAUUGAAUCUUAUCAAUGGCCUGUUUUACGCCGUGGGGAUCCGGCCAAAUCGUUCCUUAACCUUGGAUUCUGUCCAAGUUGGAGCGCCAAAUCCUGGAGGCGAAGAACUCGAUUCGCGUUGUCUGUUGACUUUCGCUUACUGGAUGCAUCUGAUUGGAAAACAGUCGGCGUCUAAGAAGACGGCUAAAGUUCUGGAAGACAUAUGUCCAGAAUCGUCUUCGUCAGCUUUUCUCGUUGUGGACAAAGACUGCCGGAUAGGUGAACUUUCAACUAUUGCACUGGAGAAAGCCUUUCUGGCCGUGAGAGAGGAACUCCAAAAUCUCAAGAGCUUCGAAAAUUACAAAGAAAGCAUAAUAGCGAAGAGAAGUGCUUAA